GCCCGCCCGCGCAGGGAGCCGGGUCCAGGCGGUGGCGGAGGAGCGAGCGCCCGCGCCCCGAGAGCCCUGCCUGGGGGCCAUGGGGGGAGAGGUGAGGCUGCCGCCCGGAGAGCCCUGCCGAGAAGGCUACAUGCUGUCUUUGGUCUGUCCAAACUCCUCCCAGGCUUGGUGUGAGAUCACCAACGUGUCACAGCUGCUGGCUUCGCCUGUCCUCUACAGGGACCCGAACGCCAGCCUAACCAACUUGAGCAUUUCCGCAAACGUAGAAAACAAAUACAGCCUUUAUGUGGGCCUGGGCCUGGCAGUAAGUUCCAGUAUUUUUAUUGGCUCCAGCUUCAUACUGAAAAAGAAGGGCCUUUUGCAACUGGCCAACAAGGGCGUCACUAGAGCUGGUCAAGGUGGACACUCUUACCUCAAGGAAUGGCUCUGGUGGGCAGGAUUACUCUCAAUGGGAGCAGGAGAAGCUGCAAACUUUGCGGCUUACGCUUUUGCACCUGCCACGUUGGUCACGCCACUGGGCGCGCUGAGCGUUCUCAUCAGUGCAAUAUUAUCUUCCUAUUUUUUAAAUGAGCACUUGAACAUUCAUGGGAAAAUAGGCUGCAUAUUAAGUAUAUUGGGGUCGACUGUGAUGGUGAUCCACGCCCCACAGGAAGAGGAAGUUGCUUCAUUGCGUGAAAUGGAAAUGAAAUUGAGAGACCCAGGAUUCAUUUCCUUUGCUGUGAUCGUUAUCCUGAUCGCCUUGGUGCUGAUUUUGAUCGUGGCUCCCAAGAAAGGACAGACCAACAUCUUAGUCUACAUUUCCAUCUGCUCGUUGAUCGGAGCAUUUUCAGUGUCUUCUGUGAAGGGCCUGGGAAUUGCCAUUAAAGAACUAUUGGAAUGGAAGCCAGUGUACAAGAAUCCCUUGGUCUUUGUUUUGCUGGCUGUGCUUGUGCUUUCAGUGACGACACAGAUUAACUAUCUCAACAAGGCCCUGGACACCUUUAACACCUCUCUUGUGACUCCCAUUUACUAUGUGUUCUUUACGUCCAUGGUAGUGACGUGCUCCGCCAUCUUGUUCCAAGAAUGGUAUGGCAUGACAGCUGGAGAUAUCAUCGGGACCCUGAGUGGGUUCUUCACCAUCAUCAACGGCAUCUUUCUUCUACAUGCUUUUAAAAACACGGACAUCACCUGGAGUGACCUGACAUCCACCACUCAGAAAGAAGCCCCCUCUCUGAAUGGCAAUGAAGACAACAAGUAUGUCUUACUAGAGAAUAUAGACUCUUUAACCUCGGGAUAUGAGGAGGACAUUACCUUGUUUAGCAGGACUCAUGAAUGAUCAAAGUCUCUACAAAGUCUCUACAAACAUUCAGAGACACUGGAAGAGGAGAAGCAAUAUAGCUGCAGAACUAUUAGGAAAGCUGACAUUUUAAAGGUUCUACCUAGUAAUUUAGAUAUAAGGCCAAAUUUAAAAAAAAAAUGCCUUCAUUUUUGGCCAUCAUCUUUGGAGAAAAAAAAAUCAAGGUUUUGAUCAUCUUCUAGAAGACUUCUGUUGUUUUCUCACUUCUGCAAACUUGAAAUCUCUUUCUUCUGGUCACAGUAUAUUUGGCCUGGCCAGGUGGCUCUUCAUUUCAUUGGCUGCUAGUCUUGGUUUCAUAGUAAUUAAUAGGUAACUGUGUGCUGAUAAGCAGAGUACCAGUCAUUCUCUGAUGAGUCAUAGUUUCAAAUUAUUGAAACUGAGAAGUGAGAUCACUGAUGCUUUCCCUCCCCUUCCAACUUCAUUUAGCUAAACUGGAUGGUAGCUGAAGGGUAGAAUGUUAAAGAGAAUUGGCCUGCUCUGGACAUCUGUUCCUGUUGUGUUAGAAUGUAAAGAAAUAUGUGUCCAUGAAGAGCUAUGGAUUAUAAUUAUAAUUUAUUGACAUAUCAUAGAAGCUUAUUACCAAAUAAAAAGGGGGAAAUGGAGGAGGGAAAUAUUUUAUACCUUAAGUAAAGGAAACACUUUUUUUUCUCUCAAAUGUUUAAUUCCCAAAGGUUGGGUUUUCCACAAACUAUUUGGAAAGAACUAAAAGAAUCUUUGUGGAAAACCUGAAUGAGUUAUAAUAAUCACCGUCUUGAAAUUUAGCACUUUCCAGCUUUUUAAGGAAAUUAUAGUUAGUUGCAAACCUUUUUGAAAAUAUACAUAUCCUACCACAAUAAGUGGUAGAUUGUCUCUUUCUGUUGAAUCUCACCCUGACCAUGUUUUCUGUAUAUUUUAUCUGUAAGUGUUUUGGAAGAAUAAGAAGGGGGGAGGGGAUUACUUUCCUAGAAAAUAAAACAUUAAGACCUCAGGAAUUACUACCAGAA